AUGCGUUUCCUGGUCCUCUUAUUGCUGAUUUUGCCACUUCUCGAUGCAUACAUCGAUAUGAAGGUUAACUAUCUUCAUAACGAUACAGUAGAGAGGUGCUUGCAAAACUUCGUGGAGCCUAUGCCGGGGGCGGAAUUGGAAGAAGUAUAUUGCUUCGGGUUUAGACACUUUUAUGAUUACUAUAUAGAUGAUGUUGGAUUACUAAUUGAUUUUUGGUGUUUUUCAAAUGCAACAAUUUAUACCAUGUAUGGAAAUCUUACCGAUGUGGACGAUGGUAUACGUUGUCAUGUAACUGAAGAAGGCUCGUCAUGUAUCUGCUCGUUGAACUUCACAGAAUGCUUCAAAAGAGUCUGGCACCUCUUCCCGAGCAGAGUCUAUGAACUCUGCAAAGAAAAUGAAUGGAAUACAUUCCUUCAAUAUGCCGAAAAUACUUGGAAUGAAAAGAAACCGCUACCAUAUCCCGGAAGCACAUCUCGAACAACGUAUAGAGUUACGAAUGCUACAACUGCAACUACUACCACUUCUACCACAAAAACUACAAAUUUUAGUAGUACGGAUACGAAGCCAUUACCAACAACAACUAUAUCAACAACUAGCAGUUCGUUCACAUUGCCCACUCCAACAGAGAAAUUCACCUUCAGUGGAGUGUUUCCUCAAAUCAGUAAGAAAGAGGUGGAUAAACAAAGAAGAAUGGCCCUAAAACACUCGACAUUAUAUCUACUCAUAGUCGUAUUUUGCAUGGUACUCUUGCUAAUUCUUCUUCUAACGCUCAUAAAUGGAGUACGGAAGCGUUUACGUGUUCGAGCAUUUACUCAGGACCAGCAAGGACGUCCAGUAUCAGAAGGACAACUGCAUGGAAAACGGGAAGCAAGAGAAGAAACAUCAAAAAAAGACAGAGAUGUUGAAAAAGGUGCUCAGGGGAAACAUCCCGAAACAGAGAGUAAACUUGGAAGGGAUACGAUUAAAUCAGCUGAGUCCAUAACCGACCCUAAAUCUGGAGAGAAAACCAACGGAACAAAAUCUGCGGAGACAAUUACAGGGAAAUUCAAAACUGCUGAAAAAACUAAUGGCGAAUUUAAAUCUGCUGAGGCAACUAAUGGAAAAAUUAAAUCAGCUGAGAAAAGUGGGGAAUCAAAAUCUGCUGAGACAACUACUGGAAAAUCUAAAUCUGCUGAAAAAAUUAACGGAGAAUCUAAAUCUGCUGAGAAAAGUUGGGAAUCUAAAUCUGUUGAGGCAUUUACUGGAAAAUCUAAAUCUGCUGAGAAAGUUAGUGGGGAAUCUAAAUCUGCUGAAAAAUCUAAUGGGAAACACUCCCGUCCUCAGCUUAAAAUAAGAGAUUUGGUUAAGAAAUUAACAACAAGGACUCCAGAAAGAGGAUCAAAAUAG